AUGUCCCGAACGAAAGAAGUGUUCUCGACGCGAGGCGGUAUCCGGAAUACGAACACAUUCCCCGAUGCAAGAUCGUCCAACAUGCUCGGGGAGGAGUUGGAAGUCGUCGCACCCCUGGCCCCCGUGAGUGCUGCGGAUAACGGGGCCGCAUCCGCUGGCGCGCGUGUUUUGCAGGCACGGCGGUUUGGGCGUGUAGAUCGUUGGGCAUGCUUCGCGUAG